AUGCCAUUCUACCCGAUAAGUUGCAAGUAUUCACACAUACCCGGGGAGGAGGGCCACCGUGGGCGCGAAUCUUCGCGACUUGGUGGUUCUUUGUGCCAAGCGGAUAAGCGAGACAGUGCAACAUCAACCUCCUCGUACAGCAUUGAUAACUCUCGAUCCAUAGUCCAUGAAAUCCAGUUCUCUUACCAAUACAAAAGCAGAGUGUCAGAGGCUGUUGGAAAGACGGUGAUUUGGCCUUCUUCAAACGGAUGGAACCAAACUACAGCCGCUUCAUCAUCAUUCUCUCUGAUGAGCAGCUUCACUCCCCACUCUCUUGAGGUUGUUCGUAGCGAUUGGAAUGGUCGUCAAUCGUCCAAAAGUUCAGCACAAAUAGAAGAGAUUUUCACAUUUACUAUUGAGUCACUCCUCUUUGGGAGCUUAUGGCUAACCAUCGUCCUAU